GUCUGCCUUCUCUCUUUCUCUCCCUCUCUUUCUCACCACAGCUCUAUCACGCUUCCAUGUCGUCGAGUCAGCUCACUGUGCUACCCCCCCACCUCCUCGUUUGCUCGCUUUCGUACUCCCUGCGUGAGCCUUGCUCGUGACACAGCAGUAUUUGGAGUAGUUGCAGCGGUGGUAGCAUUCUCGCUGGUCAGCGUCGCGUGUGUGCUGGAACCUGGGACGCAUCUGAGGGGUGCGAUUGUUUUGUUAGGUGCCUGUGUUUUGUUCGCGUGCUUUCAUGUACUCUUCUUGAGAGAGUCUCUGUUGUUGCGGUAUGUGGGUUUGGGUCUCGCGGAUGUCUCUGGGUACGUUGGAUUGGUCUUUUCAGCGCGGGUGUGUUCAGUUUCCGUUUCUUUGGGAGUGAUGUCUUGACGUCUACUCUGGUUAUCGAUUUUUUCCUUUUUCUCUUUUCGGACACACUAUGCGACAGCACAAGGAGUGAGUCUGACAGGGUAUGUUCGGAUGCGUCGUGGAUCAGUUUGUUUGUGAGAAAUGAUAUGUGCUUGGUAGGUGUUAACUGGAAGGUCGACGCAUAGUUGAGGGUGGUGUGGGUUGCAUCCGGGUUGUUUGGAACGAGUUGCGGAGAGCGCGGGAGAGAUGAAGAGGGGGGUUGCGUUCAGCGCUGGAGGAGCGUCGAGCAACUCCAAUGGCGGGGCGUCAUUAGUGUCUCCGACCUACAGAGGUGCCUCAAAGGUUCCUCCUAGCCCAACAUCUGGGCUCGGGUCCCUGAGCCUGGCGGAUAGAGAUGGAGGACAAGAGUUUGCAUCCAUAACCACAUUUGUUCAAGUAGAUACAUCGAGCUUCCGUGAGCUCGUUCAGAAGCUGACGGGAGCAUCCGACUCGGAUGUGGAGAAGCUUCCAAUCACUUUGCCUUCACGCCAGGCCUCCCGGGGAGUAGCCGACAGCAACGCGCACAAGAUGGAUGGAACGUACGGUGGCCUUAUUCCCAAGCCUGUGGGCGACUUGAGUGCUCGAAGGCCUGCCUUCAAACUACAUGAAAGACGGCAAUCUAAUCUGAGGAAGUUGGAUGUGAAGGGACUGGGUGCUGCAGCUGCAUUUCGCAAGGGUGUUGCUGGAUACGGAUGUGGUUCUCCCACCCCUGAUCUUUCACCCAAGUUUCCUUCCUGCAUCGCUAGUCCUGUUACUCCUCUCAACAAGGAUGUUUUCGAAAGUUUACAUGCGCCCACCACCCCUACUUCGUAUGAGGGAUAUCCUUGCGUUCGCCCAAGGGACGAGCUAGCCAAGACGGAACGGGAUCCCAUUUUCUACCUUCAACCCACCCCUGAGCGGCCUCGACAACAGCCUGAGCUUUUAACGCUUUUCCCUCUCACUUCCCCUCGCGUUUCGGAUACCUCAUGGUAAGACAUUUUCUAAGUGUCAGGAGAUAGAAGGACGCCCCUUCUACGGAUGUAUCAUGAACCUUUCGUGGCCUUACAUUUCUUCCUGCAAGUACAGUGCGGACACGUGAGUCUUGAAUGAAUUUCGGCCAACACCAUCUCCGUACAUGUGGAUGCAUCUAUGGCAUCAUCGAAUCGAGCGCAAUUUUGUUGCGGGACACCCUGUGAAGAUGAGAUGUGGGAGUUGAUUAGCACAUUCUCCGGUUAGUCGCCACAGUGAUGUAAUUGGAAGUUGCUUUUCUCCCCGUUUGAGAUUGUCUGCGUAGACAUGCUGGACUUGCUGACUGUAAUUUUUUUUUUUUUUUUUUUUUUUUUUUUUUUUUGGCGUGGCAUGAGCUUGUCUCUGUCAGUUGAGCAUCAUCUUCUGUGGAGAGGGGAUGCCGGAUUUUGCGAGGAAGCUGUUAGUGGGCAUCGAGUAUUUGAAGGAGAUACUGCAUCUUCGGAAGAAUUCCUCGCGGGUUUUUCACGCUGGAGGGUGAAGCACAUAUCAUUUGGGAAUCACAGCCAUCAACUCUUACAUAGAAGAUCCCAAUGGUCAAGUCUCAAGUAUGCGGAAGUGCUCCAAUUUUUUUGUACCACGCAGGAACUUCAACUGGGCAUACUUCUCGAAUAUACUCUGCAAUACCUGGUGACGAAUGUGAGAAUCAAUUCACCACGCACAGCCGUCCCUUCCUUAAGAUGUUUGUUGCGACUGUACGGGAAAUGAUAGGCUUCUAAUUUAUCUUUGGUACAUACUUGGUAGUCGUUUCUCUGGUACUGCUGUGUGUUACAGCCUCUACAGACCCUUUGUUCAGGGGUUUUUGAUACAGACCACGAACAUGGUCGCUUUGCUUGUCAAAUUCCUCUGGGCAUGGGGCCGGGCUGUGCGCUGGUACCUUUUCGUUUGUAGACAGCUUAAGUUGUUUUCUUUGAGCAUUUAGAAAGAGACUUAUGGUGCAGUCUGAUACGUGACAGGCAUCAGUGAGAUUGUACAUUUUUGAUGCCCCAGCCUUAGCAUUUUUCUUUCUGGUUGUCAAGUUGUGAUCACAAGAUGGUUAAUCUAUACCUUACUUGCGAAAAUCACAUCACUGUUGCCUCUUUCGGCUAUAUCCGACUGGCUGAAUUUAGUUCUACGGUAGUUUUACUUUCUGUGGACUUUCGAACCUUUUCAAAUGGAAAUGUCCAAGGAAACCAUUCCAUGCGAUGAAUUGGAAUGCGACUCCUCCAGACAUGUCUUUCCCUCUGUA